AUGCGUUCUACGCUAGUGAGUGUAGCUGCGGCUCUUCCAGCCGUCACCCAGGCUGCCCUAUCUGCCCAAAAUCUUGCCAUUGUUGAUGACAAUCGCAUGGUCCAGGUAGAUGGCAUCUUGAAGUUCCCCGUCACUGGAAAUCACGGCGAUAUUCCUGAAUAUGUCCUCAACGGCCCAAGCAAGAGGCAAGAUGGAUCUGCCCUUGGAAACCAGUUGAGAGGAAACUUUUACACAAUUCCUUUAAGUAUCGGUACUCCAGGCAACAGAGUCGAUGUCGUUUUUGACACGGGCUCCUGGGAACUUUGGGUUAACCCCAUUUGCUCCAAGUCGCGCAACCCUGCCUUUUGCGCAAAGUUUGGUCGACUCACGGAUAGCACGUCCAUCCAGAACCUGAAAGCGCAAACCAACCUCACUUACGGUACUGGCUAUGCCUUCAUCGACUAUUUCCAGGACACAAUUGCAGUUGGCUCUGCAAGACUUUCAAAGCAAAUCUUUGGUGUGGCCAAAGACAGUGCCUUCUGGGAAACGGGUAUCAUGGGAACUGGUCCCAGCCCCAGAGGAUUCAAUGACCCCAAGGCAGGCUACCUCUUUGUAGAUACACUCGCCAAGGAAGGUAUUACAAAAAGUCGUGCUUUUGGUUUGGAUCUUGCCGGCAUUGACUCUCAGCGUGGCAGUGUCGUGUUCGGUGGUGUUGACAAGAAGAAGUUCCGUGGAACCCUUGAGCGUCUUCCUAUUGUCACAGCCGCCAACACUCCCGAUGGCGCCGCUCGAUACUGGGUCACUCUGGAUGGCAUCUCACUCUCCGCUGAUGGUAAAUCGACUCAGGUUGUCGGAAGUCAAACUGUCUUCUUGGACUCUGGCGCCCAGGUUGCAAACCUACCCCAGUCUGUUGUUGACCAAAUCGUCAAGGUUUUCCCCGGCGCGAAGCUGGCACAGUACGGUCAGUAUCAAGUCGCCUGUUCGCUUCGAUCUUCAGCCAAUACCCUCGACUUCAAAUUUGGCAAAACUACCAUCAAGGUUUCUUAUAACGACUUCAUCUACCAAUACCCAGGAUCCGACUAUUGCUAUCUCGGCGUCCAGGUUGCUUACGGCCAGAUGUACAGUUUGGGUGACAGUUUCCUCCGAUCUGCUUACGUUGUCUACGAUCAAGACCACCAAGAGCUCUCCAUUGCCCAGAGUGCUGACUGCGGAACUAACCUAGUCCCAAUCGGGCCUGGUCCUGCUGGUCCUCUAGUGGGCGAUUGCAACAAGCCCCCAGUGACCUCUUCCACAACAUCCAGCGCUGUCGCUACUCAGUCCAGCGCCAGCUCCAGCACCAGUUUCUCCUCCUCGUCUCAGAUGACUUCAAAGACCAACCCCUCUUCAUCAGCUGCUACAAACAGCAAGUCUGAGAGCCAAUCUAAGUCGCAAACUAUUGCGUCCUCUAACACCAACGGCGCUACAUCGACUUCUAAGCCAAGUGUCACCCACAUCUUCACCAACAGCAGCACAAUUGCUACGCAGACCACGGCAUACCCUACUUACACUUCCACCUUUACCACUACUACAGUAUAUACCAUCACAUCCUGCCCCCCCGUCGUGACCAACUGUCCAAUUGGCCAUAAGACCACCGAAAUUAUCGAAGUGACAACUACUUGGUGCCCUGGAGAAAGCCUGACAAAGAACCCAGUCACCUCGACUGCCGUGGUCACUCCGAUUGGGCCUUCUUCCCUCGGCUGCCAUGGUAGCAACUGCCCCGUCGUUGGACCGCAGUCAUCCAACUCUGUUGCACCUCUAUUGCCAGGAGCUUCGAGCUCUGUCAAUGUGCCACCCACCAGCGGGACAUCGUCCGUACAAGUCUCCAACGAAGCCACAGGCUCUUACACGCCUAGCGCCCAGCCAUCCGCAUCUGUUCCUGUAACGGCCAGUGCUCCUCUAACAUUCCAGGGUAUGGGUUACACGCUACUUGGUGCAACGACCGUCACUAUCUUAGCUAUGAUGCUUUAG